AUGGGAAGAGCACCAUGCUGUGAGAAAGUAGGGCUAAAGAAAGGGAGAUGGACAGCUGAAGAGGAUGAAGUUUUAACCAGAUACAUUCUAGCCAAUGGUGAAGGCUCAUGGAGAUCACUACCUAAAAAUGCAGGAAGAACAGACAAUGAGGUAAAGAACUACUGGAAUUCUCACUUAAGCCGAAACAUUUACAGCUUCAAACAGUAUAAAAAUGAUGAUUCCCUACCAAUCACCAUGAAUAUCACCAAGGUAGCUGGGCCGUACAAAGGGAGAGGUGGUAGAAAAAGCCGAUCAUCCAUGAAAAAGCACAAGGCCACAUUAAUGUCAUUAGGUAAGCCUAAGAGUCCUAAAGCCAUAGCUCAUGAGGUACUUGAACCAAUAAGCAAAGAAACAGCAGCAAUCUCACUCGAAGGUACCGAUAGCGCAUUAAAGAGUCUGGCCACUGAAGGCCCACAUGAGAAGGAACUAGAAAAUGGAAGGAAAAUUGAUGUGCAAGAAUCUAGCAUAGACUCUGCUCAAAGAAUUAAUGCAGCUGAAAUAUCUCAUUCCCAUAGUAAUGAAGAGAAAGAGACUGAAGAUUUUGGACCAUAUGAAUGGCUAGACAGUGAAAUAAAGCGCCUGUGUCAAAGUCAACUUGUAGAACCAAGUGGAAGUAAUACAGUGGUGACAUUUGAGAGACACGAUGAGGUACCAGAUACAAGUGAGGAAAAAGUGCAUCGUAAUGGGGUCAUGAGGCAACAAAGAGUGCCCAUCCAUUACCAAGAAAGACGAAGCAGCAGCAAUGGUUGUAGCUCAAACGAAGAGAGUAAUGGGGAAUGGUACAAUCGUUUUUCACCUGCGAAUUCAAGGUUUGAUGAGGAAUGGCUUGAUUGGAACUGGACAGCAGGUGGCGAUCUCGGUCCGUGGGGAUUGUUGUUAGAUGAAGAUGACAACGUGUUUUCUAGCGUUUCUGGUAGUGAGAAUCGAGAAGGAGAGCAAGGAUGUGAUUAA